CUGCAGCGAUGCGCGCAUGCGCCGCCAUUCUAUUUUUUGCGGCGUGGCCAUGUUUUAUUCACGCGCAAAAAUCGCAUUCACGCGAAAACAGCCCAAACUUCGCGAACGGAAUAAAUGAAAAUUUAAUCCGCCUCGUACCGUGUGUAAAAAAUUUAGGUCUUUCGAAAUGUGUGGGCGCAUACGGAGCAUGGCGCGCGGAAAAAUCUCUUGAGGCCUACGCGUAUACUGAACACAGUGCGAGGUUUCCAUGGCAACGCUACUACAAUGUUUCCGACGAUGAACUCUAUUCGAAGCUUUGUGACGGAGCGGAGAGACUACUACAACGUCGUUCUCUAAAACUGAACUUGAAUGAAGAUUAUAGUCUACAGCUGAGAGUUACUGAAAACGGAUCGUUGAAUGUCGACGUCUUGAAAAGUGAACUAGCAUCGGGAAGGACCAGUAAAAAGUUUGAAAAAUAUUUCUACGAAUUGGUGCCAUUUAUACUAUUGCCAGGUCUCUUAAUGUCCGCGGUCUUGCCGUUCUUCUUGCCAACUUUGAAAAUGAUGACCUUAGGAGCUGGAAUGCUUAACAACAUGGCUCUCACAGGCGCUGUGUUCACUCUACUCAGAAACAAUGCUUUCAAUGAUAAAUAUGAGAAGAAAGUUAUUUAUUUAAACAAUGGUUACCUCAAUGACAAAUUAGAGCCGCUUGCCGACAGCCAAUCUACAAUUAUUGUUGAUGGGGAUUUUGACAAAUACAGUGGCAAAUAUCCUGAUAAAUUCGCCACAGUGGAAACGAAUGAUGUUAAGGAUUUUCAUUUCAAUGGCCAAGAACCGCUCGAAACAGAAAAUCUUAUCAGUUCAGACUGGCUCAAACAGAUCACCGGAAAAGAUGACGUUAAAGUUUUCCAAAAUAAUUUCGUAGGAAAUGAUUGGAGAAGGGAAUACGAUGCCGGAAAGCAAACAGAAUGGGUCGGUAAAAAUAUUUGAAAAUGUAUAAGAACACCUACUUUCAUACUAAGUAUAUAAUUUAACUUUGGCAAGGUGGAUAACUGUAUAAAAAUAUUUGUUUUCCUGAGAUAAAAAGCAAAGAUCGAUCACUUCUUGUGAACCCCCGUUCCUCUUAAAAUCGUUCCUGCCCUUUUGAAGACUUGCUCGGACAAAUAAACAGAUAGUUGGACAAGGAAAAAACAGUGAAACAAUCACUUAAAUUAGGUAUUUAUUUCUAUGGAUUUCUACCAUAAACUUUUUAAGUUAGAUAAAUUAUUAUUUAUUUUAUUGAAAUAAGAAAACGUAAAUAGAUAAAAUUGAGAUAUAAGAAGGUAGAUUACUAUGGUUUCCUAAAAAUAUUGUUUGUUACGAAUUAAAGUAUCCAAGACAUUAGGUUUUACAUCCGUCAAUUUAGUUCAUCAUGAGAUAAGAAAGAUGAAUAAAUGAUUUUGAUGGAGUAGAUGAAAUUAAAAUCAAUAUGUAAUCUCAUAGACUAUAUAUUAAUCUAUAUUAUAUUUAAAAAUUCUGUAAUCUGUUGAUAAGUUGCUUAGAUUUUGUUAUUUAUUGUCAUUUAAAUGACUGUACAAUUUUUGACAAAUAACAAAAUCACUUAUCAAUAGAUAGUGAUUCUUUAUUUCAGCCGUAAAGGCGCGUUUCGACUCAUGCGGAGCGGAUCGGAGUCGUGUGUUUUCAACCAAUCAGAUAAAUGGAUGAGGGCGUGAUUAGGUUCAUCACGUUAUCUAACAAUAAACUGAUUGGUCUAUUAAACACGCUUCCGCAACGCUCCGCUUCAGUGGAAUCGCACCUUAAUGUCUUUGCAAAAAGCAAGCUAAUUACUUAUAAUUUUUAUUCAAUAUUUAAGUGUGUAUAGGUAACCGAAUUAAAACAACAUCAUUAUUGUUUAUCUUGUGUUUAUUAAAAUACUGAUGUUUUAUACAAUAAAUCUUUAUUCAUUAU